AUGGCGCUCUGUAGCGCCUGCAAAGGCAUACCUGCAAACUUCUUCGAGCCUGUGCCGGGUGAUUUUUUUAGCCCUGCUGAUAGGCAAUUCCAUUACCGCCACCUUACAGUAACAGCGCUGCGCCAGUCCGCACGAGUCGGAUGUCCUAUGUGCAAGAUCCUCGCUUGUAACCUCCAUGAUGGAUGGCUCAAGCAAGAGGAUAGAGACACGAGGCCCCUUACACUCAAACGCGCGAUUGUCGACCCAGUAGAGGGCUUCGCACUCUUCAUUGGGCAGGAUGACAUCAGCCACAAUCAUUUCUACCGAAUCCCGGAGUCCUAUCAGAAGGCGCUUCCAGCUGCAUGUGUGGAUGAAACAGCGCAUGAAGGCGAGGCCGCUGAUACCGAUCAAUAUAUUCAGGAUGAUGAAGAGUCACUGAUGCGGCACUGGCUAAGUGAGUGCAAGAAGACUCACGGGCGUUGUGAUGCACACAAUGACACAGCUUCUUGUCCCACCCGGGUUCUGGACGUGAGCUGCUUCCAUGAUUCCGACGACAUUGUUCUGAAAGAUGUGGACGAAACCACUCUGCAUAUCCCCUACGCUGCACUGAGUCACUGUUGGGGCGACCCAUCGCAUCCGCCUCUGAAGACAACCACAACCAAUGUAGCAGCUCGCAAGACCCGCAUUGCUUUCGACGAUCUGACCAGAACCUUCCAAGACGCCGUAACCAUUGCCCGCAAGCUCGAUAUCCCUUUCCUUUGGAUCGACUCCCUCUGUAUCAUUCAAGAUUCCAAGACCGAUUGGGAAAAGGAAGCUUCAAAGAUGGCUACCGUCUACGCCGGGGCUGAAGUCACCUUAUCCGCCUUGGGCUCACCUGACAGUAACGGCGGGUUCUAUCUACGUCCUCCAAAAGAAGAAACCGAUUUUGUGUACCGACACGACAUUACACUCGGUUCUCAACGCUAUCGGGUGUUUGUUUGCGAGCCGAAUACCCCCAGCAUCUCGGGCCCCCUGAUGGAGCGUGGGUGGACGUAUCAGGAACGCGAAUUAUCCCCUCGGAUCCUUCAUUUUGCUCGUCGCAAUCUGAUCUGGGAGUGCAAGCAGUUGAAAAGUACGACCGAUUUGCCUUGGCUACAUUACAAGGCUUAUGAUAGCGAUCGCCAGCCUGCUUUAGUAUAUGAUAGUAAAGAGGAAUCUCUGGGGAAGUGGAGGUAUUCGUACGAUAAGCGCAAGCACUGGUUCCUGACUGUCACACGGUAUUCUCGCCGCUCGCUCACCUAUGCUAAAGAUAAGCUUAUUGCGCUCUCAGGGCUUGCGCACGAUGUGCAUGAUGCUGAGAAGGGUGGUGCGUAUCGCUUUCAGCCCGGUGAAGAGCGUGGAAGAUACUUCGCUGGGCUUUGGGAAGGCGACAUGCCGUCGGCUCUCCUCUGGCAAACUACACAGCCUCCGUUCAACGAAUCCCAAGCUAUCAAUGCCUCACCAAGAAAGAUGCCGUCUCGACCUGCGCAAUAUCGCGCCCCCAGUUGGUCCUGGGCAAGCGUGGAGGGGGAGGUGACUUACAAUGCCCUCUUACUGGAGCGAGAGCAGAGUUAUGGUGGCAUGUGGAUUGAGCAAGAUCCGCCGCACAGACCCGGUCGUGCUGAAUAUGCUUUCACGGAUCUGAAAAUCACGGACGUCAAGGUCAAGGCGACGACAGAUGUUGACCCCAUGGGCUCGGUGGAGGAGGCGGUUUUGACACUCAGGGGUCGAGCGGCACUGGUUAUCGUGGAUGACGAAACCGAAGUAGUUGAGGCGUACGGGUAUGCGCCAACAUCGUGUUCAUGGCUCAGAACACUUAACGGGGAGGCCGUAGGCGCGCUGUUCGCGGAUGUGGCGAGCGAAGUUGAGGCGUUCCAAGACGUUUGGGUUGUUGGCGUGAGAUCAGAACCAGAGGGUGCAGCAAUUACCAUGCCGAAGAAACUGGGAAACCAUAACUUUGGACAGGUCGGCGAAAAGUGGGAGAGAGGCGGUAUGGUUAUGGGACUUGCGCUUGUGAAGAGUCAGACCCGCGCUGAAGGGAGUGACGGAGUUUGGGCGACCCGUCGGGUAGGGCUUGUGAGAUGGAUUAGGAAGGAGUUGUUUGUGGGUUGCGAGACGAGGAGCUUUAAUGUCUACUGA